UGGACAAUUGGUAUUUUGCUAAGAGUGAUCUUUGUCUAUACAAAAGUUAGUUUUUAGUUUCGAUACAAUGCUGCUUUUCUCCCAAAAGCUAGUCUUCCGCCCACCUUCUAUCUUCACCUUCUAUCCCCGCCUUCUACACCCUCCCUGUGUAUUCUAUUCUUGGUAAAUUCAUGCCAUAACUCAGAUUUAUCCAGUGGUAUGCCGCCCUCUGUGCAGUCCGUUUCUCCAGCAUACCUCCACCAUCGACAUCUCAUUCCCAUUUACCACCAUGUCGUACCCAACCUCUCCAGUGGAGGACUUGCACCAGGUCGUGCCUAUUCCCGUCGACUUGGAUGCCAUAGACAACGAACCGUUAUCGCCUGGGCCUGAACUGUGGCCCCCCAAAUCCACCACCAGAUCGGUUCUCCACGGCCUUGGGGUGGUGCAAAAAUAUAGUGCCUAUGGCUUUUGCACGUUCUUGGGGCUCCAUGUGGCCUCCACCGUGAUUGUACCCAUCCUUCCGAUGGUGCCCCAUGAAAUCAAGCAGGAAGUGUUUGAAAUGGCCCGCUCCAUCUACCAACAGGUGCCGUUAUUUGAGAGCGUGAUGAUCAUCGGCGCAGCUGCUGUCCAUGUGGCCUCGGGAAUAGGCAUCAGGAUAUGUAGAAACAUAUUGAAGAAGCACAAGAAGGACACCAACGAGUUGCGCAGCAAUUUCACCAAGGCGUUGGAAGAGCCAGUCAUCAAGGACGACACUAGAGAUGACAUUGGGCUAGGAGGAAUCACCGGAAUUCUUGGCUUGGGGUACAGAAAGUCCUGGAUUUCUAGACAGCUCCCAGGCAUGAGUCCAUUGUCAUUCUCGGGGUACAUCUUGAUCCCGUUGGUGGCGUUGCAUUUCACGAAAUUCCGGUACUUGCCCAUUGCUGUGGGUGAAGACUCAUCAUUGGUGAAUUUGGACUACAUCACCUACUACCUCAACCACAGCAAAGUUUACCUUGGUAACGCCUUGAACUUUGGGGCCUUGCUCCUGCUUUUAUGGGUGAUGAUGUACCAUUCUGUCAGUGGCAUGCUCAGAAUCAACCGCAAGUUCUCGAUGAAAUGGAAGCAGUUUGGCUACGUCGUGAUCAAUGGAGUUACGCUCAUGGGCCUUGCCACCAUGGUGGUGUUCAAGCGGGCUCCGGUGGAUUCCACCGGCUACAUUGGCAGAUCGUUCUUAAAAUAUCUCAACCACUUCUGGUUUUAAAUAGUGCCUGUCGACACUUAUCCAGCCAUUCACACUGCAACAAGAUACAGUCUUAGUAGAUCGAGCUAAUC